UUAUAGUUAUUUCGACUACCAUAUCCCCUUUGGGAUCCACCUCUUCUCGGGAGGCCAAUUCCCUCUGAUAGAAGUAAGGUUGUCGCUUGAAUCGGAAUUAUAAAAUGCAUGCAGACCAGACUCCAGCCAAUGGAGAUAGCGAUUGGACGUUCAUGUACGUUUUGCUCGGCUUAAUACCAAUCUUCUUCGCUGUUGUAGCAGUUUACUCGGUGUGGCGCGAUGGUUCGGUCGAGUCACAGAAUGAUGACCUCGAGACAGCAAGGGGUUACGGAUUCCAGCAGACAUGGAACCCAAUGAACCGAAAUAUGGCGCGUUCUGAACGGAUGGGGGUCUCUACGACGACUUCCCGAGGUAAGACGACGCCUAUAAAACCACCAGAGUCUAGUAGAGACAUAGAGAACGAAGCAUCUGGGAUCGGGAGAAGCAUGCCAGGCCUCGACAACAUUCCUCUUUCAAUAUAAUCUUUCUUAAAAGCAUUUUGCUUUGAUCAUGUCGUUAUUCUGAGCUGUGAAGUAAAGGCACGUAACAAACUAUCCCGUUUUGAGUCCGAGGUACUAUAUAGAUCUCCCCAUACGAGACUUGAUAAAAUAAUAGAUACUCCUAGCGUAAAGUUGCAACCAAUGGCCCUUGAAUUUUUUAUAACAUGGUUCUAGUCGAGGAGGUUCUUUUCACAUGCUAAAAGUGGCCGGCGACCCCAAAACAAAUCGAACCCCCCCCCCCCAGCAGAGUAAUUUGUUAUGACGGCUCUUUACAAGAGCAACCGUUCAUAUUGAUUUUCAUAUGCGCCGUUACGCCCGCCCUUCUAAUGCUUUGGUAACACUUAUACUUUCAAGCUCCAGUAUCGAGUUCACACAAA